AUAUUGUUGGUCCUUUCACCGAUUUGACAGUCAUUAUCGGUCCAAAUGGUUCGGGUAAAUCGAAUCUAAUGGAUGCCAUCAGUUUUGCUUUGUUGGUGCGAAUCGACAAAUUAAGGCUUAGAAAUGCAGCCAGUUUGACUGAUGACUCAUACUAUCAAAGUGAUGAAAGUGAUUAUUGCGAAAAAGAUUCGAAUCAAAAAGUAUUUGUUGAAUUAUGUUUCAAAUCUAAACAAGAUUCGAACCUGACUGUAUUUUUUCGGCGAUCGAUUGCUCGUAAUAAAUCGUAUCAUUAUUACAUUAAUAAUGAAAAUGUUACGAAAAAUAAUUACAUCGAAGGAUUAUUGAAACUUGGCUUCAACGCGAACGAUAAAUCUUUUCUGAUUUUUCAGGAAAAAAUUGACCGAUUUAUUCAAGAUGAUCCAAAAAACUUCACUACAAUUUUAGAAGAAUUAUCUGGAAGUCAAAUCUUCAAGAGGGAAUAUGAUGAGUUGAAGACACAAUGUUCCACGAAAGAAAAUGAACUCAAUUUGUUGGUCAAAGAGAAGCAAAAAUUCUAUCAAUCAAAAAGAUUUGUUGAUUUUCUCAAUUCAGAAACACACAAAAAUAAUACACUUAUAAAAAUUAUCAAUGUUUUGAAAAUUCAACAAGUGUUACUUGAUUUAUACAAUGUUCGUUUGGAAUUCGAAAAAAUGCAACAAGCCAAAGAAAAAAAUGUUGAAAUCGCCGAGGAAACAUCUCGCCAACUUACAAUUUCAGAACAAGAAAAAAAUGCAAUCAAUGAUGAAGUGAUCAAAAUCAAAGAUGAAAAAACUAAAUUAGAAAAACAAAUUCGUGAAAAUGAAUUCGGUGUAUUUUUCCAGGUGAAAUGUGAAUAUCAAAAAGUCACAGAAGAAUGCGCCCAUAUUGAAACAUUAAUUAAAAAUGCAAAUGUUAAUAAAAAUAAACUUUUAUUGGAACGGAAAAUGAAAGAAGAUUUAAUACAUACGUAUGCAAAAGAAAUCGACAAGCUAGAAAAUGUGAUUCGUGAAUAUCGAAUUCAGAUUGAAAAUCAAAAAAUCGAUCCAGAAAUAAUUGCUGAAUAUAAACGUUUGAAAAAUAUAUUCUUGAUCGAAAUCGCUCCAUACGAACAUGAUCAUGGUGCUGUUGACAACAAAGUUCGUCAGCUUAAACAGCAACAAGCAUCGUUGCAAACGUACAAGGAUCAUUUAAAAGCAGAAUUGAUCAACGAAAAAUUGGAUGAAAUUGACAAGGAAAUUCGUAAAUUCACUAAUCAACGAGAUCAACUUGAAAAAGAAAAAACAAAACUUACAAAAAAUAUCGAAGAAAUCAAGUCACAAAUCAGUGAAUACGAACGUAAACUUGAAACAUAUGACCAAAACAUUGCCGAAAAAUAUGCCUUUCUCAAAAAUAAAGAAGAAACUAGCAAACAAAAACGAUUCCUCAAAUAUUUAAUAGACAAUUAUCCAAAUGUCCAUGGACGUAUGGCUGAUUUGUGUAAACCAGCCAAUAAAAGAUAUCAAUUGCCAUUAUCGAUAAUUAUGAGAAAAUAUUCAAAUGCAAUUAUUGUCGAUUCCUUUCAGACAGUCGAACUAAUAUUUCGUAAUGAAAAAUCUCAGUUCAUAGAUUCGGAAACAUUUUUAGCAUUAGACAUAAUAAAAGCUCCAACUUUAAAAGAAAAUCUUCGUCAUAUUGCGGCAACUAAUGUUACUUUGGCCUAUGAUUUGAUUGAUUUCAAAAAAAAUUCCGCAAUCGAAAAAGCCAUUAGAUUUGUAGUUGGCAACACACUUCUGUGUGAAACACGAGAAGAUGCUGCACGAGUAUCAUAUAAUCUUGGUGAUGGCCAAAAAUAUAAUGUCAUUUCUCUUGAUGGUACAAUAUUCAACUCAAAUGGUCGUAUUUCGUUUGUACAAACUGGAACGGUGAAAACCAUAUGGAAAGAUGAAGAAUAUUCGGAAGAAUUGCUGGAAAAAAAGUCACUACAAGCAACUUAUUUAGAUAUUUUAAACAAAAAAGAUGCCAUUGUCCAAGAGCUCAAUCGAAUUGAUGCACAACUAUUUGAUUGCAACACUCAUCUAGUGAUACAAUCAAAACUCAAAAAUGAAUAUCGAAAAAAUCUGGAAGAUAUCCAUUCACAAAUGAAUGAGCUCGACGAAAGGCUUACACAAAUUAAUUCUUUUCUCUUCGAAAUAUCUGAUUCAAUGGAUAGUUAUGAACGAAGUUAUAACCGUAUCGAAACAAAUGUAUUUGGACAAUUUCUUUCGAGAAUCAAUGUGCCUAACAUUAAGCAAUUCGAAUCUAUUUAUCAAAAUCUGUUGGAUAAUGAACAUUUGGCUGAUUGCGAAAGUCGUUUAGAAAACUUGAAAGAUAGAAUGAAAAUUGAACAAAACAAAUCAUUUGACAAGGAAAUGGAUAAAUGGGACAAAAUCAUCCAAGAAAAUUUGCGUAAACUAGAUAAAACCAAGAAAAAUCUCAAUUCUGUUCAGAAAAGAUUGGAAAAAAGUGAAAAAUCUCUUAGUAAUCUAAAAAAUAGAUUGAUAGAAUUGGAUGAAGUCCUCGCAGAGAAGACCAUGAGGUUGCAGCAGAUUAAUAAAGAUGUUAAUGCGGCACGAAAAAUGCUAGAAUCGACGAACAAAAGUUUAGUGAAAUUAGAAUUUGAUCUACAAUCGCUAACAAACAAGAGACAUGAAAUUUUUGAAAGAUCAUUCAACGAAAGUAUCGCAAUUCCCAUUCGACAAAAUUCCAGUAUCCUUGAUGAAAUAUUUGGGGAAUCACAUAACUUGACAAUCCAAGAUAUGUAUGAUCGUGAAUCUGAGAUUGAUGUGGAUUUCGAUCGGUAUUCUGAAAUCAAAGUAAAAACGGAUAAAGAAUAUUUUGAAAUGAAACUCAAAAUCAAUAAUGAAAUUCUUGGAAAAGAGUCGGAAAUUCAACAGUUAACCUUAGCUUCCGAGUCAUCUUUGUCAUCCAAAAAAUCCGAAUUGCACCAAAGGAUUCAGUCGAUCAAUAUUGAAAUCAAUCAGGUCACAACUGAACUGAUUUCGCUUAAAGAACAGUUUCAAAAUGUCAAACAACAACGAAUUAUGGCUUUCAACGAUUUUUUUCAAAAAGUUACUGAAAAUUUAGAUAAGUUUUAUAAGGAAUUGAUGCAAAAUGAAUCAUCACAAUCGUAUCUUAUACCAGAGAAUCAUGAAGAACCUUACCUGAGUGGUGUUCUUUUUAAUUGUAUCGUUCCUGGAAAGUCUUUUCAACCAGUUUUAUCGUUGAGUGGCGGUGAAAAAAUCAUGGCUAUUUUUGCAUUUUUGUUUUCAGUGUAUUUUGAAAAAAUGCCAACUUUUUUCAUAAUGGACGAGAUCGAUGCUUCUUUGGAUAAUGCAAACACGGGAAAGCUCUUGUCAUUUUUGAAAUCCAAGAAAUCAUUGACUCAAUUCAUUUUGAUUUCAUUGAAACCGGAAUUGUUUGAUAAAGCUGAUUCACUUAUUGGUGUAUGCAAAGAGAAAAUUAAUGUCUAUUCAUUCACCAGUAAAUCCUAUUCUGUUGACAUUCGUCAAUUUGAUGAUUAAUGCUUCAAUUUGAUUUCCAUUUAUAACUCAAAUCAAUCGCACAUAAAAAAAUUCAAAUUUCUAUUAUAACUUAA